GAAUAUUAAACAUAAUAAAAGAGAAUUUAGUGAAGAAGUUUAUGGAGUAGAAUCUAGUGAAAAAGAUGAGAAUUCUAAAGUGAAUAAUAUAGUAUCAGAAAUUUCUUUAAAACUUAUAAUAAAUCAAAAGGUGAAGAAUAGUCUUGCAAAAUGGAUAGUUAUUCAAAAAUCCAUUCUUAGAAAUUUUUAA